UCGUGCCUAUCGCAGAGCUUUUGUGACGGUCAAGGUGUUACAAUGAAAUUUUUUUAUAUUUUUUUCGUCGCAUUUUUUGCUGCAACUGCUUUUGCUGGCAAGAUUGAGGAUGUGCUCAACAAAAAAGUCGAGGAAUUACGAGUCCUGAUGCGAACUGGCAAUCCAGAGCUUGGAAUUCCCGUUUUGGCUCCUUUUGAAACGGAUCACUUCGAAGGCUCUUUCGAUUUUGAAGGAUUACUUAGUUGGACAGGUGAAUUCCAUAAUUUACGAAUUGACAAUCUCGACACUUUUAUCAACAAUAAACUGACGUUCAAUAUGUUGACGAUGAAAGCAAAGUUCAAUUUUACCUUUCCCGAUAUCGUGGUUCAAGGAUUUCAGGAUAUACGAGGACAUGUUUUUACGGUUAUGCCGCAAUGGGCUUACGGUGAUUUCAGAAUUGCGCCAGUUAACGUUCGAAUGUUCGGCGAAACAAAAAUCAAGAUAAAUCGCGAUGGAUUCCUCAACGCAGAAUCGUUGCAAGUCGAACUCUACUUGGAUGAAUUCAAUUGUCACUUUGAAAAUUUACUCACAGGCGGCGACUUGUCCGACUUGUUGAAUCAAGUCAUUCCGGAUAUCGUGCCGUCUGCCUUGAAUAACUUCCCCGAGAGAGUAACGGCGAAAAUUCAGAAGAAAUUCCUGCCGAUCAUGAACAUGAUACUCAACAGAGUCAACGUAAAGGACAUUAUGUGAACACAAAAAAAAAUUUAAUUAAAUUUUCACCGCUAUAAAAAUUCUUCCUUUCACACUUUUUUUUUGUUUGCUUGGCAUUCGGU